AUGGCCAGAGGAGCAGAGGAGUUAGUGGUGUUUUGGAAAGAAUGGGGGAUCCAGGCACUGGUGCUGCUAAGCUUCACGCUGCAGGUGAUUCUCCUCAUCACGGCGGAGAUCCGUCCGCUCAUAGACUCCGGCAUGCUCAGAGCCAUCGUUUGGUUGGCGUACCAGCUCGCCGACACGACGGCCAUAUACGUUUUGGGCCACAUGUCUGUGAUCGGCAGUCAGAGUUUGCCUGAGCACCAGCUGAUGGCGUUUUGGGCGCCGUUCCUGCUGCUUCACCUUGGUGGCCAGGACAACAUCACCGCAUACUCCAUCGAAGACAACCGGCUGUGGAUGCGACACCUCCAGAUUUUUGCGGUGCAGGUGCUGGCAGCUGGCUAUGUCCUCUAUGAGUCCUCUCUUGUGCUCCAUCAGACUUUGCUCCGUCAGGCUGCCAUCCUGAUGUUUGUGGUUGGUGUUGUCAAGUACGGGGAGAGAGUAUGGGCGCUCAAGCGUGCUAGCAGUAGUAACCUAUCGGGCAAGAAUUAUCAGAGUUUUGGCACUGUGCAUAUCAGAAAUCGCGGUGUCUCUGUGAUAAUUUCAGGCCACAACUACGGAGUGAUGCCGGCUCACCAGCUAUUGUGUUUCCCUAUGCAUUUGUUGAAGGGACCGUUGCCUCUUGUAGCACUUGGAAUGACAGUGCUGGAAUAUGAGUGGAGCUCAUUAUACCAGAUGGCUGAGGUGCAGCUUUCGAUCAUGUACGACAUCUUCUACAGUAAGGCCCCGGUGAUCCACACCUGGUAUGGGAUUUGCAUCCGUGUCAUGUCGCCAUUGGCCACUAUCACCGCAUUCAUGUUGUUGCGUCGAUUCAGCGACGAAGAUGGUGACAAGUACAACGCAGUAGAUGUCGCUGGCACCUAUGUUUUGCUGGCUGGCGCCAUCAUCCUGGAGAUCACAUCAUUGCUGCGAGCCAUGUUCUCCAGCUGGGCACAAGCAGCUGUGUUAACAAUUCAGCCUUUUCAAAGGUAUGGUGGGAAUAGUUGCGUUGGAUUAGUUAAGAAGACAUUUUGCAGCUAUCUUCUGUAUCUGGUUAGCUUGCCCCGGGCUCUCCUUAGUUAUGCAAUGUCAAAUGCAGGACUGCCAUUGCGGUAUUGGUCGGGCUCCAUGGGGCAGCACAACUUUAUCCACCUGUGCACCGAUAGCAGGGACAAUCGGAGCAGCAAAAUCGCAAGGUGGAUGGGACGUGAGGACUUGUGGAACAUGCUGGUUUACACUCAGUCCAUUCCAGUUCCAGAAGAUUUCAGCCAUCUGCUUGACAGACAACUGCGGCGAAGCGUGAGCAUCAUCAAAGAGAGCCCAGAUCACAUCCAAAACUCACGGGGCCAGGCGGCACUGAAGAGGAUGGGAAUACCGCAAGAGGAACUAGUCAGCUGGAGCGUGGGCAUCGAACUGGACGAGAGCAUCCUCGUGUGGCACAUCGCCACUCAUGUCUACCUUAGUUGGCACGAUGAGAGAUACCCGCCCCGGCCAGCUCUUGCUGACACGAUUCAGGUGCUCUCCAACUACAUGUUUUUCCUGCUCGCCGCACGCCCACACAUGCUGCCCAACAAUGCUAGUCGCCAGAGGUAUAUCGAAUUGUGCAAUAAGGUGGUAAACUGUCUCAAGUAUAGCUCAGCAGAAGAUCUGGUCAGUUUAAUACGGGAGCGUGGGAAAGCACUUGAUACUCCUGAGAUUGCUCAGACACUGGAACAUGAUCCAUCUCGGUCUAGCUGUUCGGCUGAGGAGACUAAUGGGGCAUUGCAAGAGAACUUAACAUUUGACAGAGCAUCUCAGCUUGGCGAAAAGCUGAUAGACAUGACGUUAGAUACACCUGCUACAAGUGCUGACAUGUUGGACCUCAUCUCUCAAGUGUGGAUGGAGAUGCUGUGCUACGUGAGCUACAGGUGCACACCAGAUUCCCAUGCCAGACAACUCAGCAACGGCGGAGAGAUCACGACCGUCGUUGCUAUUCUCAUGGAAUACAUGAAAUCGGAUAUCUUUGACUCCAAACGUGUUGGACUCACAGCAUCCGAUCGUCCAUAG